AUGGAUCGUGAAAUGUCGGAUAGCAUUAAAGCAGCGAAAUACGCAGCAUUGCAUCGUAAAUAUGAUCAGUCGUCGUUGUUUCUACGCAACGCACUUUCUCAGGUUGAACGCACUUUGAAUCGUAUUUCAAGUGAUGAUGCAGAAAAGGAAUUAUUGCUUAAACUGAAACUGUCGCUGAAAUUGAAUGUGGAACAGAUGACUGCUAUCGCAGAUACUGUUUCACAAAUUCGACAGAUGGCUGGUGCAGCAACCGUUCCAUCACCUGUUGAUGCACCUCCAAGUGAUCCUGAUGUUUGGCCCGUACCAUCAUUACCGAUGAAGAAAACAUCAGCUGUUUCAAACACAAGACCCACUUUCAGAAAGCAAAUCGCUUCUCGUUUUGAUGCGAAAUCGAAAAAAACGUCAGUAAGCAAAUCUUCUAGUAAUUUAAAUGCCCGUGGUAUACCGAAAAAAACUAACUCAUCGGCGCAUUCAUCUGUGGGUGAACAACUAGAAGCAACAUCCAAAGAUGAAGAUGACAAUGCCUCCAAAGAAAAAGUAGGAAAUGAAAAAGUAUUUGAUGAUAAAGGAUAUGACAAAGAAUUAGUGGAAAUUAUUGAACGAGAUAUUAUGCAAAAACGACCUGAUGUUCAUUGGGAUGACAUUGCUGGUUUGGAUGAAGCUAAGAAAUUGCUCAAAGAAGCAGUGAUAUUGCCAUCAGUUAUGCCGAAUUUUUUUAAGGGCAUACGACGUCCUUGGCGAGGUGUAUGUAUGGUAGGUCCACCAGGAACCGGUAAAACUAUGCUUGCAAAAGCUGUUGCCACAGAAAGCCAAACAACAUUUUUUUGUGUGUCGUCCGCUACUCUAACUUCCAAAUAUCGUGGUGACUCUGAAAAGCUUGUGCAGUUACUUUUCAAAAUGGCUCGCUUUCAUUCCCCAUCAACUAUAUUUAUUGAUGAAAUUGACAGCUUAUGUAGCAGAAGAGGUGCUGAUAGCGAACACGAAGCUUCACGCCGUGUUAAGUCGGAACUUUUAACUCAAAUGGAUGGUUGCUCACCUGAUAUCUCUCGAGUUCUUGUGUUGGCUGCUACGAAUUUUCCAUGGGAUCUGGAUGAGGCACUGAGAAGACGUCUUGAAAAACGAAUAUAUAUUCCACUGCCAGAUAAGACUAAUAGGCAUCAGUUGUUGAGGCUUUCCUUAGCUGAAGUUUCCAUCAGUGAUGAAGUUGAUUUAGAAGCAGUUGCUGACUUACUUGAUGGUUAUUCUGGAGCAGAUAUUACAAAUGUCUGUCGUGAAGCAGCAAUGAUGAGUAUGCGUGUUCGUAUUGCUAACCUCACAGCAGAAGAAAUUAAAGCAUUGACACAGGAGGAGGUUGAUUUACCAAUCACGUCUAAUGAUUUUUUACAAGCUAUACAGAACACGUCACCAUCUGUAUCUUAUGCUGAUGUACAGAAAUAUGAAAAAUGGAUAAAUGAUUUUGGAUCAGCUCAGUCAAGUUCAAAAUUAGUAAUAAACAGGAAACGUCAAGAAGGGAAUCCAAUUCUCAAAUAUUUGCGUAAUGUACCAUUUGAGUGGGCGGAAAUAAAGGCUGAUUUUGAAGCCGGCAAAGAAAUGGGUAUCUUGUAUUUAAGUCUAAAAUGGCAUAAACUGCAGCCAGAAUAUAUCGAAACACGUAUGAAUAGUGAUGGCGCUGGCUAUGCUAUUAAGGUCUUAUUAGUCCUCGUGAACGUGGAUCCUCGUCAUAUUUUACGUGAACUAAAUCUUUUUUGUUAUCGAACUGGUUGGACACUCAUACUUUGCUAUUCCGCUGAAGAAGCAGCUGAGUAUUUGGAAAAUUUGCAUAUAUCGAGGAACAAAAAUGAACAAAGUGCAGUUAGUGCUAUGCAGGAGCGGAAAAAUAAAAGACUUGGCUUACAAAGUGAUAAUGACGCUGAAUUCAAUCAGGCCGUAAAAUUUCUAACUGUUAUUCGAUCACUGACAACGUCCGACGCGCAUCGUUUAAUUGCUACUUUUGGAAGCAUUCAAAAAAUAGCUAAUGCAGAUGUUGAUAGGUUGCUGUUAUGUCCCGAAGCAAUGAGUGAUAUACCAGAAAAUGCCAAUGAAAAUUGUCCAGGUGCAAGUUCUGAAGAAGCUGGGAAGGUUUGUUUUGUGCUCAAUGGCUUCUUGCCUAUUGGCAAAGAUCAAGGUGUAGAUUCGUGCAAAGGGUGCCCGAAUCAGGCUUUGUGUGCAUCUGGGGAAGCGAGGAAAGUGGAUCCAGACCUUCAAGAAAUAGCAAAUCGCUUACAGAGUGUGAAGCAUAAAAUUCUGAUACUUUCUGGUAAAGGCGGUGUUGGGAAAAGUUCUUUGGCUACAAAUUUAGCAAGGGCAUUGGCAGCAGAUGACACAGUGCAAGUUGGAUUAUUGGAUGUGGAUAUUUGUGGACCAUCGCAAGCUCGAAUGCUGGGUGUUGAAAAUGAAAGUGUACAUGAAAGUGGUGAUGGUUGGUGUCCAAUACUUGUGAAGGAUAAUAUGGUAGUAAUGAGCAUUGCAUUUCUUUUGCCAAGCAGAAGUGAAGCGGUAAUUUGGCGCGGAGCACGCAAAAAUGCAUUGAUAAAACAAUUUUUAAAAGAUGUGGAUUGGGGAAGUCUAGAUUAUUUAUUAAUUGACACACCGCCCGGAACAUCAGAUGAGCAUAUUUCUAUUGUUCAGUUUCUUCUACAAGCUGGUUCAGUAGACGGUGCUGUCGUUGUAACCACACCACAAGAACUGUCGUUACUAGACGUUCGUAAAGAAAUAAAUUUUUGUCGAAAAACAAAAAUUAAUGUAAUUGGAGUUGUGGAAAAUAUGUCUUCAUUUACGUGCCCUUGUUGUUCCAAUGUUUCUCAACUGUUCCCUAAUACGACUGGUGGUGCGACAGCGAUGUGUAAUGAAUUAUCCGUCCCCUUACUUGCUUCAUUACCAUUUGAUGUUCAUUUCAUGAAACGAGUAGUAAUAACUGGUAUAGGUAUAGUUAGUCCAUUUGGGGUUGGAAGGCGAAUUUUGUUUGAUAAUUUGUUGGCAGGUAAUGUUGCAUUAGUUAAUGAUGAAAAACUUCAAACUAUUGUUGGUAAAGUACCAGAAAGUGGGGAAAAUAGCCUUGAUUUAACUUCAUGGACGCCUCGACAGUUGAAACAGAUGAGUAGAGGGAGUUUGCUCGCUGUAACUGCAGCAAAAGAAGCUAUAAAAGAUGCUGACUUGAGAGAAUGGCACAUGGAAGAAACAGGCGUUAAUAUUGGAAUGGGUAUUGCUGAUUUAGAAUUAAUUUAUGAAGUAGGUAAAUUGAUUGAGGAAGACAAAGGACGCCGGGUAACGCCAUUUUUUAUAUCUCGAGUAUUGACGAAUAUUCCUGCUGGUCACGUUAGCAUAAAAUUUGGUAUGCGUGGACCACAACUAAGUUCAUGUACUGCAUGUGCGACGGGUUUACAUGCUAUAGGAGAUUCAGCAACAUUCAUUAAGAUGGGUCGAGCGAAGCGAAUGCUUGCUGGUGCAACAGAAUCAUGCCUAAAUAAUAUAGCGGUAGUUGGAUUCAAACAAAUGAGAGCACUAACAAAAAAAUGUUCACGUCCUUUUGAUAGAAAACGUGAUGGAUUUGUAUUAAGUGAAGGUGCUGCUCUUGUGAUUUUAGAAGAAUUGGACGAAGCGCGUAAGCGAAAAGCAAACAUUUAUGCUGAAGUUUUAGGAUAUGGUACUGCUGGUGAUGCUUAUCAUCUAACAACUCCUACAGAAGAUGGUCGUGGUGCCUUUUUAAGUAUGCAACGAUGUUUAACUGACUCAUGCAUUGAUGCUCACAAUGUUACAUAUGUAAAUGCCCAUGCUACUUCCACACUACUUGGAGAUUAUUCUGAAGCUCGAGCUAUUGCGCGUCUUCUUCCUGGUACUUCAGUUUCUUCAAUUAAAGGCCAUAUAGGGCAUACCUUAGCUGCAGCUGGUGCUAUUGAGACAGCCGUAGUAGCUAUUUGUGUCAAGGAAGGCAAAUUAGUGGGAAACGCUGGUUUGGAACAAACAGAAAUUGAUGAAAAUUUGUAUUUUCUAAGAAAAUCAAAGAGGUGGCAAGGAUGUAAAGUAGCUUUGGUGAACUCUUUUGGUUUUGGAGGACCGCAUGCUACUUUAUGCUUAGCAAAAGUGGAAAGUUCUUGA